AUGAAUUUUCUUCAAAUGCAAGAUCAGAGACACGGUAGAUCCUCCAGAAGUCUUCAUGGUCUUCUCACACUUUCUCCGUUGAGCUUAAUCAUUUCACCUUCUCCCACAUCUCUCUUCUUCUUCGUCUUCUUCUUCUUCGUCUUCUUUUUCUUCCUCUUCGUCUUCUUUUUCUUCUUCUUCGUCUUCUUCUUUUUCUUCUUCUUCGUCUUCUCCUUUUACUUCUUUUUCUUUGUGAUUUCUUCUUCUUCUUCUUCUUCUUCUUCUUCUUCUUCUUCUUCUUCCCUCUCUUCUUCUGCUUCUUUUUCAGUCACCUUCUCCCACAUCUCUCUUCUUCUUCUUCUUCGUCUUCUUUUUCUUCUUCUUCGUCUUCUUCUUCUUCUCUUCUUUUUACCUUUUUUUCGUCUUCUUCUUCAUUUUCUUCUUUUAUUUUUUCUUCUUCUUCUUUUUCUUCUUCUUCUUCUUCUUCGCUUCCAUUUUCAUUUCUCUUUCUUCCAUCGUCUCCUCUUUCUUUCAUUUUCUCUUUUUCUUUUACUUCCUCCUCCUCUCCUCUUUCAUUGGCUCAUCUUUCUUUAUCUACAAUUUUCAUCGCCAUCUUUUUCAUUUUCCAUCACAUCUUCUUUCUUCUUAUUUCACCACCACCGCCAUCAUCAUCAUCAUCAUCCAAUGCCAAUGAUGUUUUCUUUUUCCUCUUCCAUCUCUUUCUUCUUCUUCUUCUUCUUCUUCUUCUUCUUCUUCUUCUUCUUCUUCUUCUUUCCUCGCACCUCCUUCGUUUUCUGCCGUUUCUUCUUGACUUCUUUAUCUCGUUCUUGUCCAAGAUCAGUUUCCCGCAUGUCCUUAUCAACGUUGACCCCGGUUAAACAAAUGCCACAUUCCUUCACUCCCGGUAACAAUAACACCCGAUUCAGUCGUUCACCGCGCGCGGUGGUUUGCUGUCACCAUAUCCAGAUGUUCAACUCUCCCCUUAUAUCUUCGCAUCGACCGACACUUCAACGUCAGCCCAGUGUCCGUUUAUCUGGACUGCGCAUUCUAUUUAUAUCUAUCUAUCUAUCUAUCUAUAGUGUAUUUAUUUGGUUGAGGGAACAGUCUUUGUCCCUUCUUUUCUUUUUUAAUAAUAAUAAUAAAUGGCUCGUCUAA